AUGCAGCGGGCCGGAGGCGGUGGCGCCCCGGGGGGAAACGGCGGGGGCGGCGGCGGGGGCCCAGGCACUGCCUUCUCCAUCGAUUCCCUGAUCGGGCCGCCGCCGCCGCGCUCCGGCCACUUGCUCUACACCGGCUACCCCAUGUUCAUGCCCUAUCGGCCGCUCGUGCUGCCGCAGGCGCUGGCCCCCGCACCGCUGCCCGCAGGUCUCCCGCCCCUCACCCCACUAGCCUCCUUCGCCGGCCGCCUUACCAACACCUUCUGCGCGGGGCUGGGUCAGGCUGUGCCCUCGAUGGUGGCGCUGACCACCGCGCUGCCCAGCUUCGCGGAGCCUCCUGACGCCUUCUACGGGCCCCCGGAGCUCGCCGCCGCUGCUGCCGCCGCCGCCACUGCCACCCGAAACAACCCCGAGCCAGGCGGCCGACGCCCAGAGGGCGGGCUGGAUGCCGACGAGCUGCUGCCGGCCCGGGAGAAAGUGGCAGAGCCCCCGCCACCUCCGUCUUCGCACUUCUCAGAGACUUUUCCAAGUCUGCCCGCAGAGGGGAAGGUGUACAGCUCAGAUGAGGAGAAGCUGGAGGCACCAGCAGGAGACCCAGCAGGCAGCGAACAGGAGGAAGAGGGCUCAGGCGGUGACAGCGAGGACGACGGCUUCCUGGACAGUUCUGCAGGAGGCCCAGGGGCUCUUCUGGGACCUAAACCGAAGCUAAAGGGAAGCUUGGGGACUGGAGCUGAGGAGGGGGCACCGGUGGCAGCAGGGGUCACAGCUCCUGGGGGGAAAAGCCGACGGCGUCGCACAGCAUUUACCAGUGAGCAGCUUUUGGAAUUGGAGAAGGAAUUUCAUUGCAAGAAAUACCUGAGCUUGACAGAGCGCUCCCAGAUUGCACAUGCCCUCAAGCUCAGUGAGGUGCAGGUCAAGAUCUGGUUUCAGAAUCGUCGGGCCAAGUGGAAGCGCAUCAAAGCUGGCAAUGUGAGCAGCCGUUCUGGGGAGCCUGUAAGAAACCCCAAGAUUGUUGUGCCCAUACCUGUGCAUGUCAACAGGUUUGCUGUGCGGAGCCAGCACCAACAAAUGGAGCAGGGGGCACGGCCCUGAAUGGUGCCCAAGGACUUAGGAAGGCGAGGGGUCUGCACCUGAGCCUGUUCUGAGACUGACCAGAGGGUCUGCAGCUGUGAUUCUGCCUGGAGAGGGGCUAGUUGGCAAUUAACCUAGUCCUGGAUGUGCUCCUCCCAGACCUGAGAUGUGUGAGCACUUGGCCCUCAGCCUGUUCCAGAGACUUUCAGGACUAGGGGCUUCAGGGUUAAAGGGGCUGGGGUUCUAAUUGCUGAGGAGCUAUUGGGACUGAGGUGGGCUCCUGGGGAGGGGGUGGGUUCUAAGAUGCCUAGGGCCUGAAGGUUCUGUGGCAAAUGCCCUGGAACAGCUUCUGAUGGGUGGAAGAAUCAGGCAAUACCUAGCCAAGUGGAUCGCAGCUCCUUAUUUAUUUGUGUAAAUGUGUAUAUAUGGA